AUGAUCCUCAGGGUGGAUGAUGACCAAAUGAUCAUCAAUGUCUUUAAAGCAAUGCAAUAUCCCCUUGAGAAAGAAAAGCAUAUGAGAGUGGAAAUGAUAGAAGACUUGGUAGAAGAAGUGCUUGAAACCAAUGGUCAGGAGGAACAAGAAAAAGAAACAGAAGCAGAUCAAGAUGUCAUAGAAGGACAAGUAUCUGAAAUCUCUUUUGAAGGCAAGGCAGAGGAAGUGCCAAAGCAAAAGUUGAAGCCCAUCCCUCCUCAUCUCAAGUAUGCAUUCCUUGGAGGAAAAGAGACGGUGCCAGUAAUCAUCAAUUCCUCCUUAAGCAUGAAAGAUGAAGCGAAACUGAUUGAAGUGUUGAAAAUUCACAAAAUAGCUUUAGGAUGGACAAUUGAUGACAUCAAGGGUAUAAGCCCUGCUAUUUUCAUGCAUAAGAUUCUGCUAGAGGAGGACUCAAGACCUGUGGUGCAACCUCAAAGAAGGCUUAACCCAACCAUGAAGGAAGUGGUUCAAAAGGAGAUGAUGAAGCUGUGGAAUGCUGUAAUCAUAUACCCAAUUUCUGACAGCCCUUGGGUGAGUCAAGUCCAAGUGGUGCCAAAGAAGGGAGGCAUGACUGUCAUCUUCAAUGAGAAGAAUGAAUUAAUCCCUACAAGGACAGUGACGGGGUGGAGAAUGUGUAUUGAUUAUAGAAGAUUGAAUGAGGCUACAAGGAAAGAUCACUUCCUUUUCCCUUUCAUUGAUCAAAUGUUAGAAAGACUGGCUGGCCAUGCCUACUAUUGCUUCUUGGAUGGAUACUCUGGAUACAAUCAGAUAGUGGUAGAUCCCAAAGACCAAGAAAAGACCUCCUUCACCUGUCUAUUCGAAGUCUUUGCUAACAGGAGGAUGCCCUUUGGGCUAUGCAAUGCUCCAGCAACCUUUCAAAGGUAUAUGCUUUCCAUAUUCUCUGACGUGGUAGAAAUAUUUUUAGAGGUCUUUAUGGAUGAUUUUUCUAUCUUUGAGGGUAUUGUUCUUUGGCAUAAGGUUUCAAGCAAGGGUAUAGAAGUUGACAGAGCUAAGAUAGAGAUCAUAGAAAAGCUUCCUAUACCAGUCAAUGUGAAAGCAGAUGCCAAGCCAAGAGUUAUCAGAUGGCUGUUGUUACUACAAGAUUUUGACAUUAAAGUGAGGGAUAGGAAAGGAAGUGAGAAUCAAGUUGCAGACCAUCUGUCAAGACUGCCACAGGAAAUCAACCAAGAUGCACCACAACCAGUGAAUGAGAAGUUUCCAGAUGAACAUCUUCUUCAAGUCCAACAAGCACCUUGGUUUGCUGAUAUUGCAAACUACAAGGUGGGAAGAAGGAUUCCCCAAGAGUUCACAAGGCAACAAGUGAAGAAGUUGCUCAAUGAAGCCAAGAAAUUCUUGUGGGACGAGCCCUUCUUGUUCAAGAGAUGUCCAGAUGGAAUGAUCAGAAGGUGUAUUCCUGAAAAUGAGAUGAGAGACAUACUGUGGCACUAUCAUAAUUUAGCUUAUGGUGGACACUUUGGGCCAGAAAGAAUAGCUGCUAAAGUGCUUCAAAGUGGAUUUUAUUGCCCAACCAUAUUCAAAGAUGCUAGAAAAUUUGUGCACCAAUGCAAUGAAUGCCAAAGAGCUAGAGGAUUAACAAGGAGAAAUAAAAUGCCUCAAAACUUCAUUCUGGAAGUGGAACUAUUUGAUCUAUGGGGCAUAGACUUCAUGGGACCAUUUCCCUCAUUCUAUUCCUUCAAAUACAUAUUGGUAGCAGUGGAAUAUGUCUCUAAAUGGGUAGAGGCCAUAGCAACAACUACAUGUGAUGCACCAAUUGUACUUCAAUUUCUUAAGAGACACAUCUUUACCAGAUAUGGGGUGCCAAAAGGCUUUAUUAGUGAUGGUGGCAGCCACUUUUGUAAUAGACAAAUAGAAAAACUGCUCCACAAAUAUGGAGUAAUUCACAAAUUGGCCAUACCAUACCAACCUCAAACUAAUGGCCAGGCUGAAUUAGCAAACAGGGAGCUGAAAAGAAUCUUAGAAAGGACAAUUGGAGUCACAAGAAAAGACUGGGCGAGAAAAUUGGAUGACGCUAUAUGGGCAUAUAGAACCACAUUCAAAUCCCCAACUGUGAAGUCACCUUUUCAGCUAAUUUAUGGCAAAUUCUGUCACCUUCCUAUGGAACUCGAACAUAAAGCCUUCUUGGCCACUAAGGUCCUCAAUCUUGACUCUCAAGCAGUAGGAGAGAAAAGGCUAUUCCAACUCAAUGAGUUGGAUGAAUUCAGAUUGGAAGCCUAUGAGAAUGCUAAGAUAUAUAAGGAGAAAGCUAAAAGAUGA